AUGGAUGCUGCUAACUUGUUGACUCUUAGUGAUUCCACUUUGUUGGCGCCUCGAUUAACACCGUUCACAAUUGAUCAUACGACACAGUAUACUGUACAGUGCCAUUGUUGUGCAGAUGCUAUCUUCAUCCGCUACUCGAACAUCACUACACGGCUGGAUUUCGCUUCCACCAAGUCCAGAAUCGGUCGAAACCAACAAACCGAUCUGCUGUCGAGAGGAACCAGCGCUGAAGAUGGAGAAUAA